AGUUAGUCACGUGCCAAUGCAGAGAGCCAUUCGGUAGGCGAGACGGGCGCAGGAAGAGGGAUUUUUGUUGUUAUUAUUAUUAUAUCGAUUAACUCUGACAGUUACGGAGUCUCGUCCGAAUUUAAUGUUAAUCCAAGCGGUUACGUGGUCUUCGCUUCUGUGUUUCUUGGCGGUGUUGCAGUUCGGAUUAAUCUCCGCCCCGCGGUUUCCUCGGAGUGGAUUUCAUCAGCGAUUAACUUUCUUUUACACAGUGGAUUCAACGCGAAAUCACAGUUUUAAAAUCGCGAAGCCCACGAAAUUUCCUUUUAUUCUGUAUAAAUUGCGCUACAAUACGCACAAGUGGUUAAGUAUUAUUUAAAAAAAACACCACGAAAAAAAUUUAUAAAAGAUUUUAAAACUAUGAUUAAAAUAAAGAAUCGACAGUUAUUCGUCAGAUAAUUCUAAGAUCUCUUCCGAACCUUCUGGUUUCACUAACGACAGAUAAUUCAUGUUCGCCAUUUAUCAUUUUCAUCAACCAGCACCAGUUCCUUCCUUCGACUUCAAGUAAAUAGUCGUGUCUAUUUGAGAAUCCAUUCACGUCUAUUUCUAUUUUUAUAAUAACGAUUGCUCGUUAUUAUAUCUACGAAUAACUGGUCAAAGUUUAUAUUCGCCGCUGAUGAAAACCAUUCGUUCAAAUUACGAUUUUGUGCCGAUAUAAUUAUCCUGAAUUUCCGAUUAAUUUCUGGCAAAGAAAUGUCGCUUCGAAUUGUAUGAAAUUGUUAUAUUAACGGAUUAAACAUAUUUUUGGUAUUAAGAGCCAUAUUUUCGCCAAGAAACAAUGAGCGAGCGACGUUCCCAGCAAGAUUUAAUUGAAAUUCUGAUACUUCUUUACUUUUAUCGUACUCUUAUCUUUUUGGAUUAAAUGUUAUUUUAACUAAUUAAAAAAUAUUACACAAAAAAUGCCGAUACGAUUCCUUAAAAAUGUUCAACGUUGAACUGCGAAAAAAAUAAAUUUAAGUUUUAUUAAUCUUUUAUCACACUUUUACAUAUCCAUAGGGACCUUAUGUAACUGUAUAAAAUUAUAAAAAUAAAUCAUAGAAAUCAGCACUAAAUCUUUAAUAUUAAAUAAAAAUAUCGUAUCACGUGUACGUACUAGAAACUACACAACUAAUAACCUAAAAACGCAAAUCCAAAAUAUUCACGGAUGCUGGAAAAUCGCUUCCGAAAGAAGGACAAGAAGCAGUAAGACAAUCGACACACGUCAAACACGCAGCAAAUUAAUCGUAAAGUCUAUAUACAAAUUAUUUGUACAACUUAAAGGAUUAAGAAGCGCACUCCGCAGAUGCAUACGUAUAAAUCUUAUCCGUUCCAUUACUCGCGUGAAAGAAAAAAAAGAGAACAUUUUUCGCUUGUGAAAGAAAAACAAAAUAAAAUUUCUUGAGUUGCGCGUUUAUCCGGAUGAUCCUUCUAAACGCGAGAGAGAUCGCUGCAUUAUUAUUAUUACCUAACGCUGAUAUAAUCGGCGUUAAUCCUAUUAACGGAUUUUCCCCCUAGAGGAUUCCGAUCGAUCGUAAACGUGCUUAAGGGCGAGAUUACUUGUAGCUGCUUCGCGCGAAACAACGUCGGGCUAAAUAUCACGACGAACCGGAAGUGUCCUGCCUUGUCUUCUCGGAGAGAGAGAGGUCGUCGACCCAUUACCACGGAAGAUACUAUAAAUAGUACGCAAUUACGUCGUCGCAGCGAAAGGGGUGAUCGUGAUUUCUCAAGUCACGUUUUAUUCACGUUACCUUCCUAUCGCGCACAAUUAACUCCGACUUAAAAGUUAAUUCCAAUUGCACCGCACUGUUUUCCAGCCUCGCUUAUCGUUCCUCGAAAUUUACACGGAUUUCGAAAGAAGUCUCGGCGAGUCAGGAGAAUUCCCUAGCUAGCUUAACAUUCUAAAUAGCACGGCUAUGAAUCAUUCUCUCUCGUGAUAUAACUCCGCUCGUGUAAACCUGAAGAGAUGAUUUAUUGUGAUACACAAAUGUUUUCCCUUACAAAAUUUUCAUGAGAGCUGCGAGAAAAAUUCCCUGGUUAUUAUUACAGUUUUUCCAACGAAAUGUGUUGUACCCUUCCAUGAGCGGAAAUGAUAUAUUCUUGUAAAAGGUAACGCAUAUGAAACGAAUAUCCGACAGAAAUUGAUGUUCGCAAGAAAUGAGAUCGCAUACGACGUUUAUAAAAUUUUACGACGGUCGAAUAAAUUCCACGACAGAGUAAAACGAUUCUAAGAACGAAAUGUCACUAUAUCCCGUCACGCGAUGUACCGUGUUCAACAGUAAUAACAAUUGUUUUCCGCGCUUUAUUUCCUUCGUGCGUAAAAAGUAUAUCGAACAAAGAGGGACCGCCGUCAAAUAAAUCCCAGUCGACUGCCGUGCAAACUAUUCGGCAAAUCUACCGAGAAUGCGCAUAUGCAUUUGUAUCUUUUCCAGAAAUCCAGAGAUACACGUUACUCUCAAGAUUCUGACUGAAUCUAGACUCGUAACAUUUAAAUAUCACAAGACGUUCGCCAACGGGAAGCACAAAGGGGGGAUUCGGAGUGGAGCCGCAGGAAAACUACGUGGGAAAGAAUGAGAGAGAAAUGCAGUAGAGAACAAUUAUAUGCCAGACAAGAGAGAAAGGUCGGUUCUCGUCUCGUGAAGUCGAGGGAGGUCAACCGUGUAGAGCGCAGGCUCUCUUUACAAAACCCGACUCGUCGGAGUGAAAAGGCUAAACGAAUCGCGGAGAUCACGAAAUAACAAAUUCUAAACUCCAGUCGCGUUAUUUUACCGGCGUUAUUAUUCACGCCGUAGUUUUUUUCAUCACUGCUCACUUUAACCAGAUAUAGCAAAAAUAAUUAAUAAAAAUGCAGUGUCAUUAAAAAAAAAAGUUUUAUUAGUUACUAAAAGUUAUACUAAAGAUAUUAAACACGAAGCAGUAGUGGACUCGUUAAAUGUAAAGACUAAGCGGUGUUUAUCUAAUCUGUUUAUUCUAGCUAUGUUUGCUACUUGAAAUCGUUGAAAGUGAUUGGCGUAACUUGUGUAUCAGUCUCGAAGUCUUGUAUCAGUAUAUCACAAUUUCAUAUCAAAGUAUCAACUCGAGCGCAGAUUUCCAUUGCAGAAAUUAUAAACGGGAUACAUAAUAUCAUUCCUCCGCGUGUUCUUCGCUUUUAUUUCACAAAAUAUAACAAAAAUAAAAUGUAAAUAUUAUUAGGUAAAAAAAAUCUAUCAGGAGACUUUUGUCACUUCGAUCGAAAUAUUUUUAAAAAUAUAUUUUAUAAAUUUGAUUGCGAAAAUAAAAUAUAAAAAUAACCAUAUGGAAAAUCUCCGAAUAAAAAUUCUAAUUAUAGAAUUAUAGAAUUGUAACUGCAAUUGUUGUUAUUCACCGUAUCCCGAUUUGCUCGACGAACGACAAAAAAUGUAUUAUCCACAUCGCAAAUCAUGUUUAAUCAAUCAACUUUAUCGAAUAAGAUAAUCAGCACUACGAGCACGUUUCGACGGAAUCAUAUUUAGCUAUUACGCGAUGCCAAUGGUCGGCUGGGAGUCAAUGAAUCGCUUAACUCACAGUCAGUCCGUACACACACCGCCGGCACAUUGUCUGUGUAACAGAAAGACCACGGUUGUACCACGAGGACAAAGGAGCGCGCGUGUGGGAAAGUGCGCGGAAGAGCGAGCGGAAAGUGAAUAUCUCCCUUUGGCACGCAUGCAUUCGCCGUUCGUCGGGCCUUCGAUCGCGAUGCCCCGCACGUCAGUUUAUUCGUGAAAGUUCAAGCAUGCAGUUUAGCAUAGUUCACCAAAGUCAAUUAGCAAGUUAUUGCCCCGCCUGCAAGAGUUACUACAUUUGCCGCGAGGGACGCUAGCGCAUGGCCAAUUUUCCUCUCCUAUCGAAAUUGCGUGAUUACAAACACCGUCGAUGCGUGUUAAGUUUGUUAACACGUGUUUACGCGGUGCUACGUCAACCAUGAAGACCAACGUGAGGAAUGUCAAGGAUAAAGGUCAGGUGGAUAAGAACGCUAAUGAGGAUAAGCAACGGGAGAAGAAGUUUGACAAGAAGAAGUACAGGUUACAGAAGUACAGCAACAAAUAUAAAAUUGAACAAUGGGAGGAGAGAAAGAAGAAGGCCGUGUUACGCCAGUUCUACAAAGAGCUCGACAAGGAUCAGCCGAAAAAUUCCGCGGAAACGUCGUUAAACUUGAGCAAUACGUCCAGGAAUGCGGAUGAGCCAAGUAAGUCAAAGAAGAAGGGCGGCGCCUAUUUUAAGGCUAAGCGCGAGUACCACCGGAAGCAGGAGGAGAAGAAGAAGAGGAUCGAGGAGACAGCUCGCAGGAAAGCGGAACGGGAGGAAGCCUUGAGGAAGUACAAGGAAAAGAAAAUACGUAAUUUCAAGAUUUUGUCAAAGAAGACGAGGAAAGGGCAGCCCGUCAUGAAGGGCAGAAUAGAGCUGUUGCUAGAAAAGAUACAACGCAACGCGACUUAGUUUCUUUAUCUCUGGUUAGACUGAUUCAAUCAUCUCUCACAUUGUAGCCUAAUGUAACGUUACUGAGGAGCAUUAGAGUGUUUUGUAUAUGAUGUAUAUUGUAUGUUACAUAGUGCUAUUCGUAUAAGAUACUUUAAUAAUUGAACGUUUUCUUCAAACUUUGUUAACUUUUUGUCGCACAUCUUCAAGCUUUUUGUCACUAUAUUAUUAAAUAUGAUUCAUAUUGUUACAUAUUUUAUAUAUAUGGGUGCGUUCAGGGAGAACACUAUUAGCGCUAUCAGCAUCAGUCUACCCUUGUUCUAUUUUUAAUAAGCAACGAAAAUUGACGUUGAUGCUAAUAGCAUUAAUAGUUUCCCCGAACGCAUCCUAUACACACACACACACACACACACACAUAUAUAUAUACACGUAUUAUACAUUGUAUAAUAUAUAUUAUUAUACAUCUUAUAUAUAUUUCAUGUGAUUACGCGGUUUGCAAAUUGAAGUGACAAUUUCGUAUGCAUUAAUUAGAUUCUAAUAAAAUGUAAUGAAAAUUAAAGUAAAUGGAAUUUAUAGAAAA